AUGGCUAGUAAACAGCGUAAAAGUGUACAGAAAAAAGCCCGUCGAAAGGUACAACGUGGCGUUGUACAUAUUUUAGCCACGUUCAAUAAUACUUUAGUUACAAUUAGUGACCGUUCUGGAAUGGUGAUUGCUUCAUCAUCUUCUGGUGCUUGUGGAUUCCGUGGUGCUCGUAAAGGAACACCAUUUGCUGCACAAACAGCAGCGGAAGAAGCUGCACGUAAGUCACUUGACUAUGGUUUAAAAUAUGUUGAUGUAAUGGUAAAAGGACCAGGCGCAGGACGCGAAAUGGCAAUCCGUGCACUUCAACAACUUGGGUUAGGUAUUACCUUAAUUCGUGAUGUAACACCGUUACCUCACAAUGGUUGCCGUCCACCAAAGAAACGUCGUGUAUAA